GUGAUAACUGGUAGGGCGGGGCUGGCCGGGGAAGGUGGUUGCACUUACCGACAAUGUCUGCGGAAAGCCGGCAGGCAUAAUUCAAAUCAAACUAUUUUAUAUUUCUGAAUCCCCCUAAAUUAUUUUCCAAAUGAACAUUUUGGGCCUUUGGAGCCGCCCAUUAAGUACUGGUGCUAUUUGCACGCUUCCAUAUCCGCUAUCGCCGAGAAAGAUUGAGCGUGUUCUAGCGGGGUUGCUAGGUGGCUAGCGGACGCAGUUGAAGGAAAAUCAUCAGCCAUUCAGAGCAGAGGCAGCGCAGACCCGUUUUCCCAGGGUCACUGGACCUUCCUUGUCGGGAGAGUAAAUAUAGAAAAAAAAUCUACACAUGGAGCAACGACGGGGUUAUUACUGAAAAACGACAACCGUGUUCUGGACAGACUGUUACAACAUGUCUUGUUGGCGACUGGCUUGGAGGCUUGACGGUGCUUGAUCAGAAGGCCUGGUUUUCAAUCUGGAAAUUUCUUGCCUGGGAUAGCAAUACCGUUUUUCUGACUACAUAGCAUUUUUUACUGCACCCACCCGCCGCCCCCCUCUCCCCAGCAUACACGAUGCGGACUGUAUCGACAAUUUGAUUUUUAGAUUAUCAUUUUAACUCGGAUACACAAGCUAUCGAUUAAAAGAUUGUUUCCAACGCAGUCUUUUAUGGGAUCACUAUUUCGUUUCGGUCCGCAGGUCUAAGCAAAAAUGUUGAAUUGGAGGCGGCUGCUGCGGGUAUCAAACCGCUCAUUUUUGGCCUUCAUUUUUUUCUUUUCUCUAUCUACGUCUUGUCUCUACUUCAUUUACGUAUCUCCUGGAAUAGCGAACACCUACUACUUCAUGGUCCAAGCCCAAGGCAUCAUGCUGAGAGACAACGUGCGGACGUUUGGUCACAUGAUCAGGCAGUACACCAACAAGAACAGCACGCUCAACGGAACAGAUUACCCCGACGGCAGCAACUCCAGCGAAUUGAUGGCGCAGCCGACCGCCUAUCUCCCGGAGAACUUCACCUACGCGCAGAACCUGCCCUGCCCAGAAAAACUGCCUUCUAUGAAGGGCCACAUCGACGUGAACAUGACUGAAGUCCCCAUGGAGGAGAUCCUCCGGAGGUUUCCCAGGAGCUCGGGCGUCCGAACCGCCGGCCACUGGAAGCCGCGAGACUGCAAGCCGCGCUGGAAGGUGGCCAUUCUGAUCCCCUUCAGGAACCGGCACGAGCACCUCCCCAUUCUGUUCCAGUACCUCAUCCCGCUGCUGCAGAACCAGCGCCUGCAGUUCGCCUUCUACGUCAUCGAACAAACUGGAAGCCAGCCGUUCAACCGAGCCAUGCUCUUCAACGUGGGCUUCAAGGAGGCCAUGAAGGACCUGGACUGGGACUGCCUCGUCUUCCACGACGUGGACCACAUCCCCGAGAACGACCGCAACUACUACGGCUGCGGUCAGAUGCCCCGCCACUUCGCCGCCAAGCUGGACAAGUACAUGUACAUCCUCCCGUACAGCGAGUUCUUCGGCGGCGUGAGCGGCCUCACCGUGGAGCAGUUUCGCAAGAUCAACGGCUUUCCCAAUGCAUUCUGGGGCUGGGGCGGGGAGGACGACGACCUCUGGAACAGAGUGCACUAUGCCGGGCUCAAUGUGAGCAGGCCAGAGGGAGACUUGGGGAAGUACAAAUCAAUUCCGCAUCAUCACCGAGGAGAAGUACAGUUCCUGGGGAGGUACAAACUGCUAAGGUACUCCAAAGAGAGGCAACACCUUGAUGGUUUGAACAACUUGAACUACACACCCAAAAUCACUUUGAGUAGCCUGUAUAAAAAUAUAACCGUCAACCUUUAUCCGGAACUGGCUCCUAUUCCAGACUACUGACUGCCGUCGUCCUCUGCCGUUUCGCAAGCACCUCCUGGGAGGGAUGCCCACACCCUCGGGGAAGAAAGGUCCUUUUUUUUUUUUUUUUUUCCCCCUCCCCGGCUCUGUCGCGGGGACACGUUGGUUGAAACGUUUCCAAAGUUACCUUGGCUCGCCGAGAGAGAAUUCCACCGCGAAGUACGUCGACCGAACGAACGAACGAACGAACGAACGAACGAUCGAUCGUGCGUGUCAUUGCAUGUUGUCUGUGUCGGCUUCAGCUACUAAAACACACAUCACAUUUCGGAGGAGCGGAGAGGAGGGGUGCGUCGCCUUAAGAGAACCCGUCGCCAAGUCCUCGUCUCACACUUUGCAUUCUUGCGAAGGCCACCCUGGUAAAAUGCUGAAGGGAGACGUCCAGUCAAAGUCUGUCGGCUGAUGAACGCUGUAAAUUGCGUUCCGUGUAAAAUACUUUGUAAAAUACUAUUGUAAAAUGAACCGUGUGUAUAAGACACUGACGUCGUGUAGUAUAUUCACUUUGAAAUGUUAAUAUACGCUAUUCAUAGAAGUGCGGUGUGAAAUGUUGAAAAGUGUGAAUUCCCCACCUGUUUGAUGGCUUAUAGCACAGGAACGUACCUUGAACUCGAUGGAAACGCCCUUUUCUUUGUGUCGUAAGAUAAUGGACUGCCCCAGGACUAAACCUGGGUUGUAAUUUUUUUCUCUCCCAAAACUAAAACAAUCUCAGUUUGAUCGUGAGAACGAUAUUUUGCUGAGAAAAUUUAAAAGAAAAAAAAAAAAAGAUUUUCCUGGCCUUAAGCCAUGCUUUUCAUCUGAAUUGCACAACUCUAUAUCAGUUCAUAGACUUUGACUGGACCUUUGCUUUUACCAUUACCGUAGAAGCCAAUAGAUAUUUGUUUAUAUCAUAUGUUUGUACACACACAAUUUUUUUUUAAGCAAGGGUUUUUUUCCUAGAAAACAUAAAAUGUGAUUUUGUACAUGUGAUGUAUAUUUGACAAUACAUUUUAUUUUUUGUAUUUAUUUUUUUAAUUUAAGUUUUUUUUUUUUUUUUUUCUUUUUUUGAGAAGUUCUCUUUCUUCACGUGUUUACAUGAGCACACUCCAUAUCUGGCUGCCAUGCAGAGAUCAUUUGCAUGAGUGGACCCUGUGUAAGUAAGGGCCUUGUAAAAUGGUUAGCAUAGUAAAACUAUUAAGCAUAUUCCAGUGUACUUUUAUUUUGGCAGCUAUGUCCCAUUUCCCCUGCACCAUUUUAGUAGAUUAUAUAAUUAACUGAGCUGAGUGGCCUUCUGCCUAGAGGACUGUAAGAAUAAGUUUAAUGCGAGCAGAGGCUUUGACGUGUUGCUAUUCUUAACUGUAGCUUGUCAGCACCUUUCAUGCAUGCCUUAAUUGAUUUCAUUUUCUUUUCUUUUUGUUGUAUAAAUUCUGAUUUUUUAAAAAAAUUUGACUCCAUUGCUGUUGUUGACGCAUAAGCGGUGUUGGUCCUUUAUUCAAGUGCACUGUGUUAAAGGUGACGUUUUGUUUAUAUGAAGGCGUGCUGCAGACGCGCGAGUGCCAUGGGGGGCACUUGUCCCUUUGCAAGCUCUGCCAGAAUGUUCCGGACAAAAUGUACCACUGGUCUCGAUUGUAAGUUUUGUUCUUUUUCUCCUGUCUGAUUCACGUUUUUAUUUAAUUUUAUAUCUCCUUAGAGGUCUAUCUGAGACUCUAAAAAUGCCGAAAAGAAAGAUGGCGAAAGUGACGCGACGUCGUCUUUUAUCGGCCCAAGGAAUGGGCCUAGGUCGUAAACCUGUUGACCACGUGCUUAAGCUUUGGACGUACAAGCAGUUAUGCUAUCGUGAAAACGUUGCGUUAGCUUGUUUUUUAUGCGCUCCCCCCCCCCCCCCCCCCCCCCCCCCCCCAAAACGUCUUUAUGGACUUUUUGUGGUUCGGCUGUACUCUGUUGCCAUUUACCCAUGUCACCCUAACUGUUUUUGUUAUUUUUGAGGUUGUCAACAGGAGGAGGAAAAUCAAAAGUUGACCUCAAACUGCCAGUAACGUAGCCAAUUGCUGUCUGCAGAAAGCCUCCACCGUAGUUUUCUGAAUUAAACCUGUUUAACUUCUGUCUCGUAAAAUCUGCCAUUCUUGGGUAGCCAGAGGGUAAAGAUGUUAUAAGCUGUUAUAGCUUGCGAACUUCGAUUGGCCAUUAAUCGAUAUUGCUGCUACUUCCAUCUGUCAGGAUUCCUAGGAGGAAAGUUAACGUGGUUUUUGUAGUUUCUCAUGAAACUCAAAUGCUGUUGUGAAUUGGUAGUUCUUAAACCUGGCCUCAAUUCAGUUUGCAUAAUUUGUAAAUAUCUGACCAUAACAUGGAAAAAACAUUCAUUCAUUAGAAUAUAAAUGCAAUAUUGUGACAAUAUUGUCAACAUUGACAACACACUAUCUCACAUUUAUUUUCAUUGUUUUUGUUGGUUGCUAUCCUGUGUAAAUACAAUAUAUCAAGUUGUAUACAUGACAAAACUACAGUGUACAUAUUCUGAUGGGGUUUGAAUAGGAAAACCUGCUGACAUGAACUGUCAUUAUAGUUGUGCAGCACUUUUUCAUUGUUUUGUUUUUUUCAUUCACGUUUUCCAUGUCUGCAUCCAUAUAUGUGUAUUCUUAAGAUGACAGGUUGAGAGGAAUCAUAUUUAAUGUUAGGUAGCAUAAGUGAUAUGGCCAAGACUUCUUGAGCGUACAUUUUCCAGGGAAUUCUGACGUGUUUAAUAGUUUAUGGAUAGGCAUUAAUGCUGACUAGCAGCAUGGCCUGCUCGGUUUACCUCAGUCUAGUCUCCAACCUCAGAAAGGACACUGAAUGGUCAAGUUAAACAGGAGUACCAUCCAGCUUUACACUAAAUGGGCUAAAACAUUUAAAAUGAAGGUAGCCUGAAGGAUUAUUGGAAAAUGGAAAUAUUGGUGUUGUUCUUGUAUCUUUUUUACACCCCUUUUAAGUAGAUUUUCCUUUUUAGAGAUGUAUUGCCUGAACUCGGACACAAUGCGACUACUAACCUGACAAUAUUGAUGUUAUUGUGAAAUAACUGGCUAAUCAAAUAGCCAGGUGGCUUAUUAGUUAGCCAGGUAUGCGUUUACUUGAACUACUGAUUUAGGAUUCAGGUUAUGGUAGCUAGCAGUUUAUUUGCAGAUAUUAAAAGAAAAAGAAAAAAACAAGGUAAAAUUGCUUCCUUUCUCAAUUCUCUUUGUUAAAAAAUAAAUAAAUAAAUAAAACAAAAUCUUGUUAGUUGGAUAUUGCUGACUGUGUUCGACAUCCUGGGGAAAUGCACUUUACCUUGUUUUUCUGUCGCAACCUAGACAGGAGAAAUGGGCUCUAGGAAUUUGUGAGGGUGCUGUUGUAAAUAUUUUUAUUUGCCAUGGGUAAGGGCAGGCCUCUAGACGAUUCUGUAAAAAUGAUAUUGGUAAAUGCAGUCAGUCUGGUCUAGUACGUUUAGCAUGUGUCCGAGGGAGGCUACAGAGACAGAAGGGCAUUUACGUUUACUGCGAAAGAGCGUUUAAAAAAAUGUGUACUUAUUUUUUGGCAGAAUAACCCAAGUGUUCAGAUGUCUGGUGUAUUUUAAUUGAUAUUUCUUCCCUAUCAAUGUGUGAUCUUUAAAGAUGGACCGUGUAAUAACUGCAUUCCUCGGUUGUAUCAUUGUGCAUUUAUACACAAAGUCUGUGAUUCAUAACAAGGCUGUUUAAUUAGUAUAUCCAUGUUGAUUUUGUCACAGACCAUGGUUUUAAAGUCUGAUUUAUUUUCUGGGGUUUGUGUGUUGCCUUCAUGCUUCAUUGCCUAUUUAAAGGGGCGGUUCACCUAAAAAUGAAAUUCAUUGUACGCUGCCACUUUUCCGGUGUACUGUCCGUCCUGUUUCUUCUUCCACGGGUGUCCAAUGCUUUUUUUCCCCCCCAUAGGGCUUUCAGAUUCUCCUGUGUAUAUUUUCGUAAAGUCUUCAUCAAAGUAUGGCAGUAUCGUGUUAGGUCGUAGCCCUAAUUCUGGGAAGUGUGUUAGUGUUUUUAAGCCAUGGGUUCUCUUGGCAGAUUUAUGCAGAAAAUAAGGUCUGUAGUUAACAUAACCCUAUGUCAUAUUUUGUUCUAUGACAUAAAUUACACCCGUUAAUAUCUCAACAGUGAAUAACACUGUUCCUCUAUGUGCUUUAAACAAGUAAGUUGCUGACAAUUUGCCAUACUGAAACUGCAUCACAUCGUUACCACUCAAGUUUCAUUCUAGCCUGCCUGCACACGACAACUGUUGUAGUUUCAGUGCAUGUGAACGUAAAACAACAUUGGAAAUCUGCCAAGAGAACCCAAGGCUUAAAAAUACGGACUCGCUUCCCUGUGUUAGGACUACAAACUGACACUGUGCCGCCAUGCUUUGGUUGAGACUUUGCACAGAUAUAUACACGGUUAUCGUUCUUUGGUCGAAGAAAUUGCGCUUGAUGAAACCGUGCACAAAUUAAGCUCUGGAUGUUUGAGUAACUAGCAAUAUAUUUGGAAAGAGACGUUGCUGUUGAGUUAUCUAGAAAAGUUGUUAGAUCUCCGCAAACUUUUUUGGUUGGUAGAUAGUACUCUGGGUAAGUGGAAACGUACCUUAAUUUCAUUUUUGGGUGAACUCCCCCUUUCUCCCCCUUUAAGGAAUCCCAAGUGGAAAUUAGUUGACAAUAAUUUUCAAAAAGUUGGGGAUAGCUACGCAGUAGGAGUAACAUGUUCGCAAGGGUUUAUCUUCAGAGUUAACGUACUGAUGUAGAUGUCUAGACAUAUUAAGGUGAAACCAAAGUGCAACUUUUCCAUCCAUACAUCACUGCUAUGGCCACCAUCAGGCUCCUAGACUCAUUUUUACAGUUCAACCACUUGGUAAAUACACUGAUGCCUGUGUGUAUUGAAUUAUAACCAUAUCAAAAAAAAAAAACAAACAAAAACAAAAAAAAUGUAGAAUUAUUUUAAAUGUGGAGUAUUAAGUCUUUCAGUAUUCAUAUAUUUAUAUACAUGUGCCUUGAGGCCCCUCCACCCCCCGCCCCAUUUUUUAUUUUGUUGUUUUACUUUUUACUGUUCUUUAGAAAUGCAAUUUAUGUUUUUGGCUGUGACUUGGCUUGUGUUGUUUUUCAGUGAAGUUUGAGUGCACAUUCUAUUGUUCUGUUUUUAUUUAUGAACUCUGACCUAGACAUUAGAGGCAUUUUGAUUGAACAUGUUUAGAUUUUCAUUAUUUUUGUAAAACUUUGCAGUUCCAGGGGAGGAGUUUGCUAUGAACAUGUCCAGUCAUUGUGGAAAAAAAGGUUUGACAGUACGGCUGCAAUGACGAUGAUUGCGGUCGGCACUAUACACCUCUUGUAAUCUAAUGACGAUGAAGUCGGUCAUAGUUUGACUCUGUAACCUUUUUUUUAAAAUUCAGCAAAAGUCAAAUCCUUUGGUUGCCAUGUUCUUGCACCACAAUGCUUUAGCUGAGAGGAGUUUCCUCUGAAAACAAAGCCUCAUUUUUAUUUUUUCUUUGGAAUGAUAUGGGUGUAGUUUCACAUAGGAUUGUAUGCAUAAAUUUUUUUAUUUUUUUUGCACAAAGUUUUGUAGCGAGUUUUCUUUGGCAGCUUUAACAGGACAAGUUUACUCCGUGGAAGUUGUUGUAUCCAUUUGCUGUUCAUAAAAUACCAUUGAAGCGCCAUGGUUGUCCAUUACACACGCAAUGCGCAUUAAAUGAUCAACAUCACUUUCCUGGCUAGUUUAUUAGUCAUGUGACUGCCCCACCCAGAUCCAAACUGAGAAUUACAACUUGAAAACAGCAGAGUCACUCCAAUACAAAUGGACUUUCAUGUAAGCUAUCCAUCUUCUGAUUUAUGUCCAUAGGAUAUUUGUAUAUUUUUUAUCAUUGUCUUGUAUGAAAAUAAAUGCACAAAUAUUAG